AUGAAUAAAAUAAAAGUUCAGAAAACGAUUGAUAGUUUUUUCCCUGUUAAAAGAAAAAAAAGCAUAAUUACGAGUAAUGAGGGUGGGACGAAUAAUUCGUCCGAUUCCGUUACGAGUACUUGUGUUGAGGAGUUGGAGGCGGCAGAUAAUGAUACCAAGAAGAGGAAGAUAGACGACAGUGUGGGGGUUGGAACAGCUCUCGAUGAGGUCUCCACUGUUAAUGGGGUGGCAAUCAACGAGGACGCAGGUACCUUGAAGGAGACGACAAACAUGGAAGAGGUGGUAGCCGGUAAUAAGGACACAAACAUGGCCGAAGUAUCUACCUUGAAGGAAACAAUCGGUGUGGCAGCAACUACCUACCCGUACGCCGAAGAAAUAAAAAGCCUAAUGCACGCAGAAUGGUACGAGCACUUAAAAGACGAGUUACGAAAAAGUUAUUUUCAAAAAAUGUAUCUGAAGAUAAAGGAGGAGAGAAAAACUAAAGUGAUAUACCCCCCAGCUCGGCUAGUGUUUAAUGCCUUCUUAAAAACGCCCCUAUCAAAUAUAAAAGUAGUGAUUGUAGGUCAGGAUCCCUACCAUCAGAAGGGUCAAGCCAUGGGGUUGUGUUUCUCUGUACCCGUUGGUAUUAAAAUCCCGCCAAGUCUGAAAAACAUGUUAAAAGAAAUAAAACAAACUAGUAAUCAUGGAGACUUAAUUAGUUGGGCAGAGCAAGGAGUGUUCCUACUAAACACAUCUCUAACUGUGGAGGAGAAUAAACCCGCCUCACACAAAAAUUAUGGAUGGGAAACCUUCACCGAUAAAGUCAUAAACAUUAUAAAUGAGAAAAAGGAAAAAAUCAUCUUCAUGCUAUGGGGCAACUUUGCCAUAAAGAAAUGCUCCAAAAUCGACACCAAGAAGCAUUUUAUUUUAAAGGCGGGACACCCAUCGCCCUUAAGUGUGAGGCACUUUGCCAACUGCGACCAUUUUAACAAGUGCAAUGAGAUUCUCAAGCGCCACGGCAUGGCGCCAAUCAAGUGGGAGUUGCCGCAGUGA